GAACCUAUUGCAGCGGCCUUACUGGCCUCUAUUCUGUUGUCUGCGUUGAGUAACAAAACAGACGACUUUACGGACAAAGAAGAUUACAAAAACUACUCCAAAAGCUUCCAGGAAAAAGCCGAAGGUGUCUUAAACGAAUGCUAUCGUGAAGAUGAGCACCGUGCUCAAUUAAUAAUCAACCACGAAUUAGCCUACUAUGGGCAUAGUUCGGUUAUCAAACUAGCUGCUGAAGGGCAGAGUAUCAAGUUUAUGGCCCAUCCAUGUUGCCAGGACUUCUUAACAAACACUUGGAAGGGAAAUCUCUCCUCAAAGAAUAGUAUGUUCAGGGUAAGUCAAAUAACUUUUUCUCAAAAUUUAAAUUGCUGA